GCGGCGGCUGUCAGAGUCGGCUCAGCCUGCGCCGGGGAACAUCGGCCGCCUCCAGCUCCCGGCGCGGCCCGGCCCGGCCCGACUCGGCCGCCUCAGCAGAGCCUGCCUGCCCUGGCAGCCAUGAGGCCCCCCUGGUGUCCCCUGCACACGCCCUCCCUGGCUACCCCAAUCCUUCUCCUCCUCCUCUUCCUCCUGGGAGGAGGGGCAGAGGCUGAGGACCCAGAGCUGCUGGUGAAGGUUCGUGGGGGCCAGCUGCGGGGCAUCCGCCUAAUGGCCCCAGGGGGCCCUGUCUCUGCUUUUCUGGGCAUCCCCUUCGCAGAGCCACCUGUGGGCCCCCGUCGCUUUCUGCCACCAGAGCCCAAACGGCCCUGGCCGGGGGUGCUGGAUGCCACAGCCUUCCAAAGUGUCUGCCACCAAUAUGUGGACACCUUGUACCCUGGCUUUGAGGGCACCGAGAUGUGGAACCCCAACCGUGAGCUGAGUGAGGACUGCCUCUACCUCAACGUAUGGACACCAUACCCCCGACCUGCGUCCCCGACCCCUGUCCUUGUCUGGAUCUAUGGGGGUGGCUUCUACAGUGGGGCCUCCUCCCUGGACGUGUAUGAUGGCCGCUUCCUGGCCCGGGCUGAGGGGGCCGUGCUGGUGUCCAUGAACUACCGGGUAGGAGCAUUUGGCUUCUUGGCCCUACCGGGGAGCCGGGAGGCCCCGGGCAACGUGGGUCUGCUGGAUCAGAGGCUGGCCCUGCAGUGGGUGCAGGACAAUGUGGCAACCUUCGGAGGAGACCCAAUGUCAGUGACUCUGUUUGGGGAAAGCGCCGGUGCUGCUUCAGUGGGCAUGCACCUGCUGUCCCCUCCCAGCCGGGGCUUGUUCCACAGGGCUGUGCUGCAGAGUGGUGCACCCAACGGCCCCUGGGCCACAGUGGGUGUGGGAGAGGCCCGCCGCAGGGCCACACUGCUGGCAAGCCUCGUAGGCUGUCCCCCGGGUGGUGCCGGUGGCAAUGACACAGAGCUGGUCGCCUGCCUGAGGACUCGACCAGCUCAGGACCUGGUGGACCAUGAGUGGCAGGUGCUGCCUCAUCAGAAAAGUGUCUUCCGCUUCUCCUUCGUGCCUGUGGUGGAUGGAGACUUCCUCAGUGACACACCCGAGGCCCUCAUCAAUGCUGGAGACUUCCAUGGGCUGCAGGUGCUGGUGGGUGUGGUGAAGGAUGAGGGCUCCUAUUUUCUGGUUUACGGGGCCCCAGGCUUCAGCAAAAACAACGAAUCUCUCAUCAGCCGGGCCCAGUUCCUGGCUGGGGUGCGGUUCGGGGUCCCCCAGGCGAGUGACCUAGCUGCCGAGGCUGUGGUCCUGCAUUACACAGACUGGCUGAACCCUGAAGACCCCGCACGCCUGAGAGAGGCCCUGAGUGAUGUGGUGGGCGAUCACAACGUCGUGUGCCCCGUGGCCCAGCUGGCUGGGCGACUGGCUGCCCAGGGUGCUCGGGUCUAUGCCUACAUCUUUGAACACCGUGCAUCUACGCUCUCCUGGCCCCUCUGGAUGGGGGUGCCCCACGGAUACGAGAUCGAGUUCAUCUUUGGGCUCCCUCUGGAACCCUCGCUAAACUAUACGGCCGAGGAGAGAACCUUUGCUCAGCGACUGAUGAGAUACUGGGCCAACUUCGCCCGUACAGGGGACCCCAAUGACCCCCGAAACCCCAAAGUCCCGCAGUGGCCACCAUACACGGCGGGAGCGCAGCAGUACGUGAGCCUGAACCUGCGGCCGCUGGAGGUUCGGCGAGGGUUGCGCGCCCAGGCCUGCGCCUUCUGGAACCGCUUCCUACCCAAAUUGCUCAGCGCCACCGACACGUUGGACGAGGCGGAGCGCCAGUGGAAGGCAGAGUUCCACCGCUGGAGCUCCUACAUGGUGCACUGGAAGAACCAGUUUGACCAUUACAGCAAGCAGGACCGCUGCUCAGACCUGUGACCCAGACUGGAGCCCCCAACGUCUCCCCGCCGUGCCCGCCCCGCCCGGCCCCCUUGCUGUAUAUACUAUUUAUUUAAGGGCUGGGAUAUAACACUGAGGAGCCCUAGACCCUGCCCACCCCCUCGACUUUCCCCAAAGGCUCCCCGUCCUCUGCAUGUCUCAGGCCGAGCCCCUCCCCCGCGGUGCCUUGGCCCCUCUGGGCUGCCAAUAAACUGUUACAGCCA